AUUAAAUUUAAUGAAAUGAAAUAAAUAAUUAAUAAAUAUAUUAAUAAUAAUAAUAUGAAUCAACUGUUCAACAUUUGAUCAAACAUAUUAUAUUAAUUUCCUUCAAAACAUAUCAAUCUAAAGUGGUGUAGUAGUAGUAACCAUGGGUUCUGAUGACGAUAAGAAAAACGAUGAUCACCACAGACGCGGACUUAACGUCAGCCACAAGGCCACCCUCAUCUCCGUCUCGUCCUUAUUCGCCUUCACACUCCUCGUCAUCCUCUUCUUUCUAUACAUGAAAUACCGUCAAAAUCGCCGCCGUGAUAGACGCCGUACAGACUUCAUUUCUCGCCUUGUCACCGCUCAAAUCACACCUUCUGACUCUGUUAUACACACCAAUCAUAUCCCAAAAGCUACUGCCCGCGGUCUUGAUCCUCAGAUCAUAGACUCCCUGCCCGAAUUCGUCUACAAAUCCUCCUCGGCAAAGAACAGUCGAAAAGGGCGUCGUGGCGGCAGCUGCGGCAGCAGCAUCGACGUAGUGGAGUGCUCCGUUUGCUUGAGCUCAAUAACUGACGACUCCAAGGUUAGGCUGUUGCCGAAUUGUAAGCAUAUGUUUCACGUGGAGUGCGUUGAUAUGUGGCUCGGCUCCAACACAACUUGCCCACUUUGUCGUGCUGCGGUGGAGCCUAAAGUCCCAGCCGAGCCCGAAGUAAAUAAUAGCUCGGUGGAGAGGGUUGUGGUUCAACCGUCGGCUCCGCCGGUGGAUGAGCUGAGUUUGCUUCAUGGAGAAGAAGAUGUGAACAAAGCGAGUGGAUCGGGAUCAUCGUCAAGGCCAUUAAGCUCUUUUAGAAAGAUGCUUAGGGAGAAGUCGUCUAGAAGAUCAUCGCUUGGUAGUUGUUCGGAAUUAGUUGGAGUGAUUGAUCAUCAUGAUUUUGAGAGGCAGUAAUACUCAUAUGUAUGUUAUAUUAUACAGUUUCUUUUUCUUUUUCUUUUUUUAAUUUUUGGCAUGUUGGUAAUGAGUUUGGAGUUUUACAGUAGCAUAGCACAUUGUUUUUCCAGAUGUGAGCAAUAAAUUUUUUAUCGAUGCUUUGGUGAUGUGUGUGGGAAAUAUUUUCUGUAAAUUAUACCGAUGUUAUAUAUGUAAAUUGUGAGACAUAUUUGAUUUGUUUGAUUAUAAAUAUAGAUUUAAGUGAAAAUUACAUCAAA